AAGAGAGCUUAUCCAUUAUAAUUAUAAAACUUACAACUACACUAUCCAGAAAUUGCAGGACGGUGUUGACGAAGAGAAAACUCAUCUUCUCCUAUCUAAGCCAUUUCAUUUCGAGCCCCUCUUUCUCUGGUUUAUUAUCAAUGGCAUCAAAGAAGUUUUUCAACGCAAGAGCUAACUACAUCUACCCUACUAUGGGGAGUGGUAAUAAUACAAUCACUGCUCAUGACAAAGUUUUUGAGCUCGAUGAGGAUGAUGUUUAUAAUUCCAACGUUGUUUCAUCGUUGGAGAGCAGGAAAACGAUACCAAGUUCUCGUUCAUCAAAGAAAGCUCCAAGGAAGGUCGAAAUGGCCAAGGACCUGGCCCCGGUGACGUGUGCAUCGUUGCCCGUGAACAUACCGGAUUGGUCCAAGAUUUAUAGCGAUCAUCAAAGGAAAGAGAAUGAAAAUAGUAUUUAUCACCUUGAUGAUGAUUCUGACCAUGAUGAUGAUGAUGAUCUAGAUGGUAGAGUGCCUCCACAUGAAUAUUUAGCUAGGAGGAGAGGAGCCUCCUUUUCUGUUCAUGAAGGGAUCGGAAGGACCUUGAAAGGGAGGGACUUGCGCCAGGUGAGAAAUGCAGUUUGGAAGAGAGUUGGAUUUGAAGAUUAGCAAAGAAGAUUCACUACAAGUACGAGUAAGAACAGUAGAAUUAAUUUCUGGGAAUUUAGAUAUGACAUGGAGUAGUUGAUGACUUUUUUCUUUUUAAGUGGAACAUUGUCCUUUGGUUAUAAGUGUUUUGAGUGUAGUCAGAGGAUAACUUUUUGCUUGUAGUUUCUUAGAUUUUAGACUGCAAGAGAAAAUCAGAAACCCUCUGGUUGUUCUGGUUUUAGACUCCCAUCGUUUGUCUUUUUUCCCAUUAAUUCUAUCUGUACUCUCUUUUGUUGAUAAUUAUGGUGUUAUGGAAAUUGAAGAAAUUACAGGUGA